AUGAUGAUGGUGAGCGACGACUGCCUAGUGGAGUGUAAGAUUGACGACAGCGAUGAAGACGACAGAGUGGAAGAACAGAUAAACACUCCCCCUCCUCCCCCAGAGUUUGCAUCCAAAUCCUCGACCCCUGCACCCAAAGCUCCAACUCCACCUGGAACUCUGACUACACCCAGGGCCCCGACUCCACCCAUGGCUCCAGCUCCACCUGCUGCUCCUCCUACACCAGCAGCCACUCGUCCUGUCAGCAGGGAUCCUCUUGGUAUCAACCAGCACCUAAAGGUGGAGGUCAGUGAUGUGUUGGCAGAACCCAGCAAACCUCACAGCAUAGACCAAGUGUGGAUUUACAGCGUCACUGGCUUUGAGAAUGCUCGUAUCUGGACGUACCAGUGCCUCUCCUUGCUUUUUGCUGUGCCCUGCGCUCUCGUUUGUGGCAUUUUUCUGGCCAUUCUUGCCUGCCUUCAUGUCUGGUUUCUGGUUCCCUGCAUACAGCUGAGCAACACUUUCCUUCCAUGCCUGCGGUCCUUGUGUAUGUGUGCCGUCAACGUUGUCAUCUCUCCAUUCUGUGCAUCUGUUGCUCUCUGCUGCAGCCAAAUCGCAAUUUCACUGUCGAACAAGGACUGGAUUCAAAUGAAAGACAAAGACACAGUAUGA